AUAUUCAAAAGUCAAACGAAAUUGAUUAAAACAGUUAAUUUGUGUAGAUACCGACAUUUCAAUAAUAUAUUUAUCCUUAAACUUGUGUUAGUUAUUUAAAAUGAUUAGUUACAAAAUUAUUGGUGGUUGUUACUAAGGAGAAAGUUUCAGGGUAAAGAUAAUAACCAAAUGGAAGAUAAUGAGAGAUUUCAGAGUUUGAGAUUUCAACCGCUAGGUUAAAGUGACAGGAAUUAAUUUUGUUUUGGAUGCUGUUGAAUGAAAUCACAGAAUAGAAAAUAGUUAUUGUUGUUAUGAAUCCUGUGUUUACAUUCGUUAUUGCUUGAGGAUGUCAGAAGCCACCAAAGAAAAGAGACGGCACGAAGAAUCAGACAAAGAUGAUUCUUCAGAUUCCUGGGUGGGUCCAUUACCUUCUGAAGCUGCAAAACCUAAGAAGAAGAAAGUGUUGGCUCAUGAGCAGUUGUACCUGGACCACCUGCCGUGCGCGGAGUCCUACGAGCGGAGCUUCAUGCACCGGGACGUGGUGACCCACGUCGUCGUCACCAAGACGGAGUUCGUGGUGACGGCGAGCUGCGACGGCCACAUCAAGUUCUGGAAGAAGGUGGAGGGGGCGAUAGAGUUCGUGAAGCACUUCCGCAGCCACCUGGCGCCGGUGCAAGACCUGGCGGCCAGCUGCAGCGGCCGGCUGCUCUGCUCCGUGUCCAGCGACCAGUCCCUCAAGGUGUUCGACGUCGUCAACUUCGACAUGAUCAACAUGAUGCGGCUGGACUACUCGCCGUACCGCGCGGAGUGGGUCCACUCCCCGGGCGACGCCAUCUCGGCGCUGGCAGUGUCUGACGCGGGCUCGCACAAAGUGUACGUUUACGACGGGCAGGGAUCGAACGUCCCUCUGAAGGUGUUCGACAAACUCCACACCAAGCCCGUCGUCCUCAUCAAGUACAACCCGGUGUUCGAGGCCGCGGUGUCGGUGGACCAGGCAGGCAUCGUGGAGUACUGGACCGGCCCCAAGACGGAGUACCGGUUCCCCAAGUGCGCGCGGUUCGACUCCAAGCUGGACACGGACCUGUUCGAGUUCGCCCGGGCCAAGACCUUCCCGACCGGCCUGAGCUUCUCCCCCGACGGGAAGCGGUUCGCCACGCUGGCCGGCGACAGGAAGGUGAGGGUGUUCAGUUUCCUGACGGGCAAGCUGAGCCGGGUACUGGACGAGUCCCUGCAGCGGUUCUCCGAGCUGCAGCAGGUGCGCCAACAGCUGCCCAACAUGGAGUUCGGUCGCAGGAUGGCGGCGGAGCGGGACCUGGAGAAGUCGGACGCGGUGGGGCUCGCCAACAUCGUGUUCGACGAGAGCGGGCACUUCGUGAUGUACGGGACCAUGCUGGGCGUGAAGGUGGUGAACCUGCACGGCAACAAGCUGGCCCGCGUCCUGGGCAAGCCGGAGAACCUGCGGCCCCUGCAGCUGGCGCUCUACCAGGGUCGAGCAAGAAGAACGAAAGCUGCUGUUACCGUUGAAAUGGAAGCGUCAGAAAAUCCAACGUUGGAUUCGAUUCAGUCAGACCCAACCCUCUUCUGCACUGCCUUCAAGAAGAAUAGGUUCUACAUGUUCACCAGGCGUGAACCUGACGACACCAAGAGUCAAGAUGCUGAUAGAGAUGUAUUCAACGAAAAGCCUUCCAAGGAAGAUAUUAUAUCGGCUACUGAAGCAUCAGGCAUGCAGCGCCUGUACGAGAGCGCCGUGCUCCACACGACCCUGGGAGACGUGCACGUGAAGCUGUUCGCCAAGGAGUGCCCCCGCGCCGUCGAGAACUUCUGCGUGCACGGCAAGAACGGCUACUACAACGGGCACGUCUUCCACCGGGUCAUCAAGGGCUUCAUGGUGCAGACGGGCGAUCCGACCGGCACGGGCACGGGCGGUGAGAGCAUAUGGGGAGGAGAGUUCGAAGAUGAGUUCCACUCGUCCCUGAAGCACGACCGGCCGUACACGCUAAGCAUGGCCAACGCUGGCCCCAACACCAACGGCAGCCAGUUCUUCAUAACGCUGAUACCGACGCCGUGGCUGGACAACAAGCACACGGUGUUCGGGCGCGUGGUGAAGGGCAUGGAGGUGGUGCAGAACAUCAGCACAGCCAAGACCAACCCCAAGACGGACAAGCCGUACAACGACAUCCAGAUAGUCAGCAUCAGCCUCAAGUGACCCGUCGCUCGUCGCUCUCAACCAGCUCGUCAAGAAAUUUCUUUUUUUUUCUUUUCCAAAAUUUGGUUUUAAAUUUUUUCUUUCUGUAUCUCAUCACAUAAUAAAGAUUAUUAAUAUUUUUUACCAGAA